GGGUGAGACGGGAAGUAACUAGAUCUGGUUCUGCCUGCAGCAGCCUAAAGGCAAGGAUGUGGUGACUGACAGAGGUUUGUGGAUACCCCCUGGCUGGGCUUCAUGGAGAAAUCUUCACUGAUCACCAACCUAAACGCCAGAACAGACCCCAUCUUUUCACGGACAGAAUGAGAGGUCUUCUGUAACCAGGCAUAACUGGCCAUCAUGGGGAAAUUGAUCAGAAUGGGAACACGGGAGAGGCGGUUACUCUGGCCAAAACGGCUUCAUUGGAGUCGCCUCCUCUUCCUGUUGGGAACGUUGAUCAUCGGUUCCACCUACCAGCACCUGAGGAGCCCCCGGGGCCUCCCCUCAUUGUGGGCAGCAGUGUCUUCCCAAAACCCUGUAAAACUGGCCAGCCGUGACCUCUCUAACAAUGAUAUGAUGAUGGUGAGCAGUGACCCUCUAAGAGCUAGCUCUGAAAUGGCGGGUGACACACUGGUGCCCCAAGCUACAGUUGGCAGGGGUGAAGCAACACCUGGCAUAACAAUGGAGAGUACCCCCAAUCCACCCAGAAGGACAGCCAACAUCACUCCAACAACACCCAAGAAUAACUAUAACCUAACAGCAGCAGACACAGAAAGAAUGGAGGAAGACCCCACAACCACACCCAGCAGAGUACUCAAUCACUACACCCCAACUUCAAGCAGACCAACAGUAAAGAAUCAUACCUCAGCAACACCACCCAGCAGAGAAAUGCAGAGCUACCACCCAACUCAGGCUGGGAGAAAGGUGAAGAAAUACACCCCAUCUCCAUCUGGUAGAAUAGUAGGCAAUUAUGCCCCAUUCACACUCAUGACAAUGACAAAGAGCCAUGGGAUCACCCCCAGAACAACAGUGAAAGACAGUGAAACUAUGACAACCACCAAAAUAUUGAAGACCAACCCUACUAAGAGAAUGGUGGAGGAAACCACACCAACUACUCUCAAGGGAAUAAUUCAUACAACCCCUACUUUCCUGGUAAAUGACAUAGAAACAAACAUCUUGACUUCUCCAAGGAGUAUGAUAGAAGAGAACACCCUGACUACCACCAGAAGAGUGGACAAUAAUAGAUCAACCAAGCCCCGGGGGUUAGUGAGAAAGAACAAGCUGACAGCUCCUCUGGAAACGGUCCUGGAGGACACCACAGCCAUCUCUGAGGGGCAAGUGACAAUACGCACCACAACAGGCAGUAGCCCAACAGAAACCAAAGCCUCUACCACUACCUGGAGUGUUAGUAAUACCUUGUCUAGAACCAGUGCAUCGACCACUGGAAUUUCCUCCACCACCUUCUGGGAGCUGGCAAAGAGAACUUCCACGGCACCAAGGCCCUCAGCAUCCUCUGAGGCCAGGGCAAAUCCAACCAUCCAGGUCCAUCACUGUGUGGUUGUGGAGCCAGCCCCAGCGGCGCCCCCUGCCAUCCCCCCCAGCCUGACAACAGCUAUGAUCCCAGAGGUGCCCAGUUCCAGUCCCUCAGCACUGCCUCCUGGCCAGCCAGACCUUCACGCCAAGGGAGAGUACCCCCCAGACUUGUUCAGCAUAGAGCAGCGGCAACAGGGCUGGGUGGUCCUGCACAUCUUUGGCAUGAUGUACGUGUUUGUGGCCUUGGCCAUCGUGUGCGACGAGUACUUUGUCCCAGCCCUGGGUGUCAUCACAGAUAAACUACAGAUCUCUGAUGAUGUGGCGGGUGCCACCUUCAUGGCUGCUGGAGGCUCUGCCCCUGAGCUCUUCACCUCCCUCAUUGGCGUCUUCAUCUCCCACAGCAACGUGGGCAUUGGUACCAUCGUGGGCUCUGCUGUGUUCAACAUCCUCUUUGUCAUUGGCACCUGUGCCCUCUUCUCCCGGGAGAUCCUCAAUCUUACAUGGUGGCCCUUAUUCCGUGAUGUCUCUUUCUACAUCCUUGACCUGAUAAUGCUCAUUAUCUUCUUCCUGGACAGCCUCAUUGCCUGGUGGGAAAGCCUGCUGCUGCUGCUGGGCUAUGCUUUCUAUGUGUUCACCAUGAAGUGGAAUAAGGAGGUCGAGGUCUGGGUGAAGGAGCAGCUCAGCAGGAGGCCAGUGGCCAAGGUCAUGGCCCUAGGGGACCUCAGCAAGCUCCCAGCAGUGCUCCCAGCAGUGCUGACCCGAGAGAGGAGCUUGGCCUCUCUGCACAACAGUACCAUCCGCAGCCCCAUCUUCCAGCUCAUGCUCCACAGCCUGGACCCUCUGGGAGAAGCCUGCCACUCCAAGGACAAGGAGGAGGAGAGCUUGAGUAAGCAGGCCAAAGACAAGCCUCAUGCUAAAGCACAGAACAAACCAGAAGAGGAGGAGCCAGCCCAGCUUCCUGAGGCCACGGUCACACCAGCCCCUGCUCCAGAAGUCAAGGGAGAUCAGGAGGAGGAUCCCGGUGGUCAGGAAGGAGAGGUGGCUGAGGCUGAGAGCACAGGUGAAGUGACAGGCAAAGAGGCUGAAGCUCGUGGUAGAGGUGAAAAUGGACCACAAGGCGGAGGUGAAACUCAACUGGAAGGUGAAGGUGAAAUUGAAGCAGAAGGAGAAGGUGAACAUGAAGGUGAAAUCGAAGAAGGAAAAUGCGUCAAUGAAUGUGAUCCUGGAGGUGAACUCCAGGCAGAAGAUGGUGACAUGAAAGCUGAUGAGGGUGAAAACGAGGAGCAGGAACUCAAUGCUGAACGUAAAAAUGAAGCCAAAAGUGAUGAGAAAGAUAGAGAUGCUGAAGGGGGAGGAGAAGGACAUGGAAGUGAAGAUGAAAAGGAGGAAGAAGAGGAGGAAGAGGAGGAGGAGGAGGACGAAGACGAGGAGGAGGAGGAGGAAGACGAGGAGGCAAAUGAGGAGCCUUUGUCUCUGGAGUGGCCUGAGACGAGGAAGAAGCAGGCCAUUUACCUGUUCCUCCUGCCCAUUGUGUUCCCACUGUGGCUGACAGUGCCCGACGUCCGGAGGCUGGAGUAUAAGAAGUUUUUUGUUCUUACCUUCCUGGGAUCUGUCGUAUGGAUUGCCAUGUUCUCAUACCUCAUGGUAUGGUGGGCUCACCAGGUUGGUGAAACAGUAGGGAUUUCUGAAGAGAUCAUGGGUUUGACGAUCCUAGCAGCAGGCACGUCCAUUCCUGACCUCAUCACCAGUGUGAUUGUCGCUCGGAAAGGCCUGGGAGACAUGGCUGUGUCAAGCUCUGUGGGCAGUAACAUAUUUGAUAUCACCGUGGGCCUGCCUGCCCCUUGGUUGCUCUUCUCUCUCAUCAAUGGAUUACAGCCUGUUCCAGUCAGCAGCAAUGGCUUGUUUUGUGCAAUUGUUUUGCUUUUUCUCAUGCUCUUGUUUGUGAUCUCUUCAAUUGCCUCAUGCAAAUGGAGAAUGAACAAGAUCCUGGGCUUUACAAUGUUCCUCCUUUACUUUGUAUUCCUGAUAAUCAGCGUGAUGUUAGAAGAUCGAAUCAUUUCCUGUCCCAUAUCUGUCUGAGUCAGAGUCACUGUUGCUCACAAUGGACAUGGAUCAGAAAAACCAUGCCAGAAGCUACUGUACUUCUUGUUACAUUAAUG